CCCCGUCUCCUUCCUCGAUAUUGAUUGGGAUUUCGUCGCCGAAAGCUUGGAUAAAGUAAAACAAUCUUCUAAGUUAUUUCUGCGAUACCCAAGCUAUACCUUAUAGAAAAUGGCUGAACAGGAGCUGAACGUUGAUAAUCUUAUUGGGCGACUUCUUGAAGCUCGCGGAAGACCUGGCAAAACGGUACAGAUGACCGAAGCUGAAGUUAGAUGUCUCUGUCUCAAAUCAAGAGAGUUGUUCCUGAGUCAGCCAAUUCUCUUAGAGCUAGAAGCCCCACUAAAGAUUUGUGGUGAUAUCCAUGGUCAGUUUUCUGACUUGUUGAGAUUGUUUGAAUAUGGAGGUUUUCCCCCAGAAGCAAACUACCUAUUUCUUGGAGAUUAUGUGGACAGAGGAAAGCAGUCAUUAGAAACCAUAUGCCUUUUACUUGCAUACAAAAUCAAAUAUCCUGAGAAUUUCUUCCUUUUGCGUGGCAAUCAUGAAUGUGCUAGCAUCAACAGAAUCUAUGGUUUCUAUGAUGAAUGCAAGAGACGGUUCAGUGUAAAAUCUUGGAAAACAUUUACAGAUUGUUUCAACUGUUUACCAAUAGCUGCUAUAGUUGAUGAGAAGAUUCUUUGCAUGCAUGGAGGUCUAUCUCCUGAUUUACAGUCAAUGGAACAGAUAAGGAGAAUUAUGAGACCAACUGAUGUUCCUGAUACAGGUCUGUUGUGCGACCUGCUUUGGUCAGAUCCCGAUAAAGAUAUUCAAGGUUGGGGAGAAAACGACCGUGGUGUCUCCUUCACUUUUGGAACAGAUAUUGUUGGAAAGUUUUUGAACAAACACGACCUAGACCUUAUUUGCAGGGCUCACCAGGUGGUUGAAGAUGGUUACGAGUUUUUCGCCAAAAGACAAUUGGUCACCUUAUUCUCAGCUCCAAAUUACUGCGGGGAGUUUGAUAAUGCUGGUGGAAUGAUGAGUGUCGACGAAACGCUGAUGUGCUCUUUUCAGAUAUUGAAACCAGCAGAGAAGAAAGCAAAGUACCAGUAUGGCGGACUUAACUCAGGACGACCGAUAACACCACCCCGAAAUCAGCAGCCAAAUAAAAAGGGACGCAAAUAAUGCACUUUUGUUGCUUGAUGUAUCACUUUAGAAGUGUUCUUUAUAAUGCUUUUGAUGACGCACCCGUGCACUGGAGAAUUUCGAAACCCUUGUCAUUGAAAUAAUGUGUUGUAAAUUGUAACCUAUUUUGCUGUGAUUCGUAGUCCGUGGCAAAUUCCGGUAAUGUUUUUGACAAGGAUUUGUGAACAGGUUGCGUCACAAAACAAUACUAUUGUAUACUUUUUAAACGUCAAAAUUUUUAGAAGUUGCCUCAGUACCUCUAGAUUUCAUUUUGUUUUAUACGCUAAGAGGCCUAGUAAUUUGGAACCUUUAGAAAUACGUGUUUCGAAGCCAUCUCGUUCGUGUUUUAAAGCAUUUGUCCCAGUGAUGUGGAGCAGGUAUUAUCCUUUUAAGUUUCAUAAUAGUAUUAUAUUCAGCUCGGUAAUAAAGAUUUUGAUAUUGGCGGUAUCCGACCCAAACCUCCACAGUCCUUCGCAGUCCUCCGCAGGCUUCGUUCUGUAAAGUUGGUAAUGAUUUUCAUCUUUUUCUUGUAUGUCUAAUAUUAUCGUUCAAUCAGUCACGUGUAAAGAUUUACUGAAAUAGUUGUAAUGAUACA